GGCGCCGCGGCUGCACUGACGAAACCACGUGCAGGCGCCGAGUUCACGGCACGCGCUGCCCCAGGAGGGCUGAGCGAGGUGGAACACGGGACGACACAGAGGCACUGAACGGGGCGGGUUGUACCACGUGGGUUCUGCGGAGGUCCCUGGCCAGCCUAGGAAGCCGGCCAAGACCGAAGGGGAGGAGGAGCGCCUCUUCCCCGCCAUCUCGUAUCCUCUCGCGAUAGUCUCCCCGCCCCCUCUCUGUGGCGGCCGAAUCACGUGACGCCAUGGGCGGUUACGUCAGCAGUCAUAUGACCGGGCGAAGUUCGGCGGGGGGAGGGGGUGUCUCUCGUGCCCGGUAGCAGCAGUAGCUCUAGUGCGGAGCCUCUCCUGCCCGACGCGGCUCCCUCAUGGCGCGGAUCGGCCGCGGGCUGCCCCUGGCCGCUGUGCUGCUCGUGUUUUUACAGAUGUCCUCUUCAGCAUUUGAAGUGAAAGAUCAGAGUGGUAAAGUCUGCAUAAUAGCUAAUCUGUCAGUGUCCUUCUCAGUGGAAUACACCACCAAGAGCAGUCAACAGUUGGCAGCAAAUUUCACACUUACACAGAAUGCUGAAGUACUGGCAAACAAAAGCAGUUGUGGUAAAGAGAAUGUAUCAGCUCCUGUACUGGCGAUUGGAUUUGGAGCGGGACAUUUGUUACAAAUGAAUUUCACAAAGGCCUCAAAGCUGUACAGCGUUGACAAGCUAAUGUUCCUUUACAAUUUGUCCGAUACAACGGUGUUCCCCAACUCAACUGGAGAAACAAAGGAGGUUUCGCAAAAACCUAAUAUUCGGGCAGACUUGGACACAAGAUAUAGAUGUUUCAGUACCAACCAGAUUAAUAUGUUGAAUGUGAUCAUAACUCUUAGCAAUGUUACGCUUCAAGCAUAUCUUGUGAAUCAUACCUUAAGCAGAAAUGAAACUCUGUGUGAUGCAGAUAAGACACCCACUACUCCUGCAGCCACUACAACAACAAGAAGCCAGGCACCAACAACAACAAGCCAGGCACCAACCUCGCCUCCACAAAAUCCAGGGACUGGGAAAUAUAAUGUGACUGGUACAAAUGGGACCUGUGUACUUGCUCAUAUGGGGCUGCAGCUUAAUGUCACGUAUCUAAGAAAAGAUGGAAAGACUGGAUUGGAUGUGCUGAAUAUUGUUCCAGUGAAUACAUCUUUCUCUGGGAGCUGUGACCAUUCCUCUGCCUUUCUGAACCUGACUUUUGGGAAAACCAGACUUUUAUUCCAUUUUCUACUGAAUACGAGUACUGAUAAGUUUUUCCUGCAAGGUGUCAGUGUGACCACAACUUUGCCUUCUGAAGCUAAAGAACCAAAGUUUGAAGCUGUUAACAACAGCAUGAGUGAGCUGAGAGCUACAGUGGGGAACUCCUAUAAGUGUAAUGCAGAGGAGAAACUUUGGGUCUCAGCCGGUGCCUUUGUCAACUUAUUCGAUGUUUGGGUCCAAGUUUUCAAGAUAGAUGGAAACCAAUUUGGAGCAGUGGAAGAAUGUCAACUGGAUGAAAACAACAUGGUGAUCCCUAUAAUUGUUGGCGCAGCCCUUGCUGGACUUGUCCUGAUUGUCUUGAUUGCUUAUUUGAUUGGCAGAAAGAGAAGCCAUGCUGGAUAUCAAACAAUCUAAUGACUUACACUUAAAUGAAUCCAGGGGUUGAUAAAGAGCAGUUGCAAGAAGUGGAUAAAUUAAUUUCCCCUAAACUGAGAUUCCUUAUUAUAAGGGAGCACAGUCUUUCUUACAAAAUGCUUCUGGUUAAAUUCUGCUUCAUUAAAUGUGAAUCCAUCUUGCAGCAUUUAAUUAUGCAUGAAGGAAUAACCUCUCAAAUUCUGGUGUUUAAUUUUGCUAACUGGUUAAAUAUUUAACUCCCUAAGAGUGCUUUUCUGAAUUGGCAUGAAUUUAAUGUCAGUUAGAAAUAUUCCAGACUGGGGUGUAGCUAAUUCAUUCACUCAGAUUUAAGUCUAACAAAGGGAAGCUUUCACUGUUGGUACUACUACCCUCCUGUGAUGAAGUUAGUAAUUCUACUGAUACCUUUUAAAGUAAGUAAUGACUGACCAAUCAAAAUCUAAAAAUUAAUUCCCCUGCCCACCUCCCCCCAUCUGUGUUUUACUAAGCUUUAAACACAGCAUAUGUGGCAUCUGCAGGGUAUGAACAAUGCAAUACUCAAAUGUUCUAGGAACUCAUAUUUACAAUUGGACAAUUCCAUAUUUGAUGCUCUGCCAGCUUAAGAGCUGGCCCUUUUAAAAAUAUAAAAUGGGUUUGGUUUUUUUUUUUGUAAAGUGAUUUUCAGUCUCUUCUGGUGGAUGUUCCAGUGCAAUCCUGUUACUGCAGACUCUUGCUUAAACUUGGCUGGGGUUGUACACUUUAAGGAUUUGUUAUGUAUGCAUUGCCUAUAACAAUGCUAAUAAAGACACAUUUUUCUGUA